AUGCAAUUUGGUCCUUGUAUUCAUUGCGGGAGAAUUAUUCUUUUAGCUAAUGGUGCUCGAGCAUGCGGCACAUGUCAUAUCCUAUCCACAGCCGAACGAGAGCAAGAGGAGAACGAGCAGAUGACAAACGAUGAACACUAUCAGCAACGGAACAGUGAUAAUCAUAAUGAUAGAUAUGAUCUAGAAUCGAAUGUUGUUCAUUCAGAUCGACGUGAUAACCGUACAGCUGCCGCAACAACAACAACGACAACAACAACAACAAUAGCAGCAGCAGCAGCAGCAGUGAUAGAUAACAUGACAGAUAUACCCAAUGUCAUGGAUCUUCAGACAACGAUUGGUCGAGAAGAUUUGCCUCAAAUGUUGCAGCGAUUCUUGAGCUAUUUUGAUCCAAAUGACAGUCAACAAAAAGGAGCUUCAGAUUCAGAGAUAGCUGCAUUAGAUAGACGUAUCUUGGGUGUAGAUGAUAUAGAAUGUGGGACAGAGUGCGCCAUUUGUACAGAGUUAUUUGAGAGGAUGGAAUUAGCUAAAUUACCCUGCAAUCACGAAUAUCACUCGGAAUGCAUCCUUCAUUGGCUUCAGCUAAACUCAUCUUGUCCUAUGUGCCGACAAUCCAUAUCAAACCAUGAGCAGCAGCAGCAGCAACAACAACAACAACCUAUAGCACCGACACAAAACGAGCCUGAUUUAAUCAUUAUGCGAAGAGAAAUGGCAGACAGAAUGUAUCUAGAAAAUGCACCACUGCACUACAUGGACGAUGUAGAUUGA